GCAACGGAUGCUGCUCGGUGGUGCGCCCUUUUUUAUUCUAAUUUUUACAAUAAGCAGACUGCUUGAAGUUUCUCUCAUACAAACGUUUUAAGUGACUGAUCUUCAGGAACUAACUACGCACCACAACGGCUUGGUUUAUUGGUCAAGAGCUGCACAUUGUCAACUCAUGACGCAGCAGCAGCACCUAUCCGAGAGUGGGACAUUGACACCUGACUGCUUCAUCUCUUGACUCGCCGGUCUACCCCAUCACGACCACUCCGGUUCUGCAGUGCAGGGACUGUUGCGUUAUAUGGAAGUGGAGUCUGAGCCUCCUGCCGUGGUCAUGCUGCCCCCAAAGAAUUGCCUGCCGAGGAAUUACAGCUGCAUAGCUGGACUUUUCGGAAGCCUGGCAGCAGCAAACCCGCGGCUUGAUGAUGGGGAAGAUUUUGACUUGAAGAACGGCACUUGUGAGCCCAUUGAGAGCCCCGUGGUGGACGAAAGACCACGGGGGAGAGAGCUCUUACUGAAACCUCCACAGAGUCCAAGCCUGCGUCGGAGGUGCAAGUCGCUCCCCACACCCACAGAGAGAGCAAAGUUAGAGAUCUCCCGCAGCAGAAGUCCAUCUAGUCAGAAAAAAGUCCGAUUUGCCGACUCCCUAGGGUUAGAGCUCAUCUCGGUGAAACAUUUUGAUGAUACAGAUGAGCCAGAGGUGCCGGAGCGCAUAUUGGCCAAACUACCCCGUAAUAACCUGGCCACGAAAUUCCCCCGGGCUCCUACACAGUCUGUGUUCGUGGAGCUGCUGUUCACCAACCCGGGCACACUACCCGGCUUUGAGCAGAAAGUGAGGGAGGUGAAAGUCAUGUUGGAGAGCGUUGAGACAGACGAUUUCAGCCUCUCCGGGUUUGUGCGCGUUUUGAAUCUGGCUUUCGAAAAGAGCGUCUUUUUACGGUAUUCUCUAAACAACUGGAUAACAUUCAUGGACAGUUUGGCAUGCUAUGUUCCUGAGUCAAGCAACGGUGACACCGACAGGUUUUCUUUCAAGAUCGUCAUGCCUACAUACCUCGAGAACGGAGGUACACUGCAGUUUGCCAUUAAAUACUGUGUGGACGGGGAAGAGUUCUGGGACAAUAAUAACGGGAACAACUACAAAGUGCGGCGUCACAGGUUCAAGAUGUCCCCACCACGAGAAUGGGAGAAUGGAUGGAUUCACUUUAUCUGAGCUUUGCCGUCUGCAGUGGCACACUGCGUGCGUAAUUUGUGCGUAAAUUGAUCCCCGGGUACCUUAAUUAUGACUAUAGCCUGUUAAUGGGUAUUUUAUUUCUACCAGUCAGCUACACACAUGCUGUGACACAGUAAAUUAUUCCCUACAUUAUUUCGAAUAUUUGCCCCCUUGUGGUAACAGAUUAGAGUCUAUAAGCGUUUGGUAGAUGCUCGG